UGAACCGGCGGCAGGUAGGAGCGGGCGGUCGGCACUGGCAUCCAAACCGAAACUGAGGGACAAUUACCGUCAGGCUUCGGACACACCGUAGCUCCGCACCCCGGCACAGUCCCGGCUCUUUCCCUCUUUGUCAGCCCCAUGAUCCGUAUCAGGGCCCCAGGGUCGCAGAGACCGUGACGGAUAGACGGAUCUCUCGCGGCGCGGUGCCGAAGAGACAAACCAUUUUCUUUUUUGGUGUAGGUAGUCGGGGGGUGGCCGGAGUGCUCAUCCUGUCUGAUGUGGAAUUCACGAUACUUGACGGUUUCCCUGAUGACUACAUCUGCGGGAAGUGCACCCAACUUCAGCGCUUGCUGGACCGGGUCAAGGAGUUGGAGUUGGAGUUUUAUGGACUCCGGAUCAUUCGGGAGGCUGAAGAUAUUAUAGGUGACAGAAGCUUCUUGAUCAGCCUUCCAUGCGGGACCCUGUGAAAGUCCGAAGUCUGUCCAGAUGACAUCCACUACCUUGCCUUCAUCCACUUUCCUGGUAACUUCCUCAAAAAACACUGUAAGAUUGGAUAGACAUGACCUACCAUGCAUGAAGCCAUGCUGACUAUCUUUAAUUAGUCCAUAUUUAUCCAAAUACUUAUAUAUCCAGUCCCUUAAUAUACCUUCCAAUAACUUUUCCACAGCUGAUGUCAGACUCACCAGCCUGUACCUUCCUGGUUUAUAUUUAGAGCCCUUCUUAAGCAGCAGAACAGCAUUGGCCAUGCUCCAAUCCUCUGGUAACUCUCCUAUCACAAAGGAUGAUAUAAAUACCUCUGCUAGCACCCCGGCAAUUUUUGCAUUUGUCUCCCAUAGGGUCUGAGGGAACAUCUUGUCAGCUUCUGGGGAUUUAUCCACCUAGAGUUGCGUUGGGGUAGCAAGCACCUCCUUCGUAAUCUGUACAGGGUCUAUGAAGUUGAUGUCACUUUGCCUCACUUCUAUAGACUCUAUGUCUGCCUCCUGAGUAAAUACAGAUAUUUUGGCUCCAGUCAUGGAUUGCCAUUCUGGUCUUCCAGAGGACCAAUUUUGUCCCUUGCAUUUGUUUUGCUCUUAACAUACCUGUAGAAUUCCUGAGGAUUCUCCUUUACCUUGUCUGCCAGAGUAACUUCAUGCCUUCUUUUAGCCUUCCUGAUUUCUUCUUUAAGUGUUCUCUUGUAUUUCUUAUACUCCAUAAGUACCUCAUUUGUUCCUGUAGGCCUUUACCUGCGAGGCACCUCCUUUUUCUCUUUUAACCAGGGCCUCAAUAUCUCUUGAAAACCAAGGUUCCCUGCACUUGUUAUCUUUAGAUUUUAUUGUGACAGGCUCUCAAAAUUUCACUUUUGAAGGUCUCUCAUUUUUCAAGUACACCUUUGCCAGAAAACAGCCUGUCCCAAUACACACUUGCCAAAUCAUUGUUGAAACCAUUAGAACUGGCCUGUCUCCAGUCUAGAAUCUCAACCCGUGGACCAACCUAUUUUUUUGCAUAUUUACUUUGAAACUAAUGGCAUAUGGUCACUAGUUACAAAGUCUUCUCCUGCAAAAACUUUUAGCAAUUGCCCUGUCUCAUUCCCCUGGUUAACAGGGCAUGUGUUAUCAUGGGAGGCUAGAGGUCUGGAAUUAGUGGAGUUCUGCAGGGAUCUGUGCUGGAACCACUGCUGUUUGCAAAGUAUAUAAAUGAGCUGGAUGAAAAUAUAGAUAGCUGGGUUAGUAAAUUUGUGGAUGAUACAAACAUAGGUGGAAUUAUGCAUAGAGUAGAAAACUGGCAAAGAAUACAGCACGGGAUAUAUGAGGUGCUGAUAUAGGAUGAGAAAUAACUGAUGGACGUUAACCCAGAUGAUAGGGCAAAUACAAGGAGAAGGUACACUGUUAAGGGAAAGGUUGUUAACAGUGUUGCUGAGCAGAGAGAUGUUGGGAUCCAGGUUCAUAAGUCCUUGAAAGUGACUACACAGUUGGAUAAGGUGGUUUCAAAGGCUGAUGGAAUGCUUGCUUUUAUUAGUCAAGACAUUGAGUUCAAAAGUCAGGAUAUUAUGUUUCAACUUUGUAAAGUUCUGGUCAUCCCACUGUAGGAAGGAUGUUGAGGCUUGGGAGAGGAUGCAGGAGAGGUUCACCAGGAUGCUACCUGAUCUAGAGGGCAUGUGCUAUCAUGAGAGACUGGAUAAACUUUGAUUGUUUUCUCUGGAGAGUCGGAGGCUGAGGGGAGAUCUGAUAGAGGUUUAUAAGAUUAUGAGAGACAUAGACAGAAUGGGCAGAGAGGAUCUGUUUCCCAGGGUUGAAAUGUCUAAUACCAGAGGGCAUGCAUUGAAGAUGAAAGGGGAUAUGUUCAAGGGGCAUGUGAGAGUCCUGGAUUCCUAGAAAGUACUGCCUGGUAUUGUGGUAGAUGCAAAUAUAUUAGAGGCUUUGAAGAGAUAAGGAAGAUGGGAAGGAUAUGAACAUUGUGUAGGUUGGAGGGAUUAGUGUUUGGCUGUUUUUGAUUUACUUUUUAGCUGGUUUGGCAAAACACUGUGGACCAAAUGGCCCGUUUCUUGCUGUACUAUGUUCUAUAUUCCUUUGUGGGGGAUUUACAGUGGUAGCUAUGGGUUACAUGUCCAGUGCUUCCCCUGCCAGUACAUUGGGUGUGUAUGGAAGCACAGGCUAAGGGAAUGGCAGUGGUUGGCUAUCUAAAUCCAAAGAUUAGGAACUCGAAACAGAAAUAAAGUUCUGAGUUCAUCUCAGAUGAAGAGUUUACCAUAAUAAACUUUUCAUCUGAGAUGAACUCAGAACUAUAUAGAAGCAGAAAUGGGCCAUUUGGCCCAUCGAGUCUGCUCCAUCAUUUCAUCCUUCUCAGCCCCAAUAUGCUGGUUUCCGCCCAUAUCCCUUCAUGCCUUGACUAAUCAAGAAUCCAUCAACCUCUGCCUUAAAUUUGCCAAAUCACUUGGCCUCCACAGCCGCCUGUGGCAAUGAAUUCCACAGAUUCACCGUUCUCUGGUUAAAGAAAUUCCUCCACAACUCCAUUCUGAAAGGACGCCAUUCUAUUUUGAAUUUGUGUCCUCUGGUGUUAGACUAUGUCACCAAUGGAAACAUUCUCUCCACUUCCACUUUAUUGAGACCUUUCAACAUUUGAUAGGUUUCAAUGAUGUUCCCCCUCAUUCUUCUGAAUUCCAGUGAGUAGAGGGCUCAAGGCCAUCAAACUCUCCUCAUGUGACAAGCCUUUCAAUCCCGAAAUAAUUCUGGUGAACCUCCUUUAAAUCCUUUCCAAUCUCAGCACAUCCUUUUUCAGAUAAGGGGCGUUAAAUUGCUCACAAUGCUCUAAAUGAAAUGACACCAAUGCUUUAUAAAGCCUCAACAACACAUCCUUGCUUUUAUAUUCUACUCCCCCCAAAAUGAAUGCUGACACCACGUUUGCCUCCCUCACCACCGACUCACCUGCAAAUUAACCUUAAGGGAAUUCUGCAUGAGGACUUCCAAGCACACUCCAUUUAGAAAAUGAUCUACACUUUUAUUUCUUCUACCAAAGUGCAUGACCAUACACUUCCCGAAAUGCUGUCCUUCACCCAUUGAUGUCUUUUUACAGAUUAGAAACGGAAAAAAAAAUUGUGUAUGGGCAUCUCAAACACAGUGACACAUCAGUUUUGCUCUCUCUGUUCAGAUAUUUAAGGAGUGACCAGAUAUUUCCUUUGUAGCACCAAUAUAACAGUUGUUGACUCUUGGAGAUGAAGAAGUAUUUCAACCCAGCUGGAAACAUGCUGUGUGUCUGAAGUGAAGUUUUCUGUUGUAACUCAGUGAAAUCCACUGCAUCUGGGAGCUGAGAACACACCAGCAUUUGUUCACUGGAGAUCAGUUCUUCAAAUGCAUUGAUUGUAUGAAGGAUUCACUGCGUCUGACAAAGAAUUGAUAGAGAACUGUGAAAAAGCAGACACACCAGUGAUUUCACACCGAGGAGAGGCUGUUCACCUGCUCAGACUGUGGGAAGGGAGAUGCAGCAGUUGGUUCAUACUGGGGAGAUGCCAUUCACCUGCUCAGACUGUGGCAAGGGAUUCAGUCAGUCAUAUAAACUGAAGAUACAUCAACGUAUUCACACUGGGGAAAGGCCGUUCACCUGCUCAGACUGUGGGAAGGGAUUUACUCUAUCAUCUCACCGACUGGUACACCAGCGAGUUCACACUGGGGAGAGACCAUUCACCUGUUCAGAAUGUGGGAAGGGAUUCACUCAGUCACAUAAACUGAAGAUACAUCAACGAAUACACACUGGGGAGAGACCAUUCACCUGCUCAGACUGUGGGAAGGGAUUUAUUCUGUCAUAUGACCUCCUGGUACACCAGCGAGUUCACACUGGAGAGAGGCCAUUCACCUGUUCAGAAUGUGGGAAGGGAUUCACUCAGUCUUCUAAACUGAAAAUACAUCUGCGAAAUCACACUGGGGAGAAGCCAUUCACCUGCUCAGACUGUGGGAAGAGGUUUACGCAAUCAUCAGAACUGAAGGUGCAUCAACGAAUUCACACUGGGGAUAGGCCGUUCACCUGCUCAGAGUGUGGGAAGGGGUUUGCUCAGUCAUCAGAACUGAAGGUACAUCAACGAAUUCACACUGGGGAGAGGCCAUUCACCUGCUCAGAAUGUGGAAAAGGAUUUACUCAGUCAUCUAAAUUGAAGAUACAUCUGCGAAUUCACACUGGGGAGAGGCCAUUCACCUGCUCAGACUGUGGGAAGGGGUUUACUCAGUCAUCAGAACUAAAAGUACAUCAGCGAAUUCACACUGGGGAGAGACCAUUCACCUGCUCAGACUGUGGGAAAGGAUUCACUCAAUCAUAUCACCUACUAUCACACCAGUCAGUUCACACAGGGGAGAAGCCAUACACCUGCUCAGACUGUGGGAAAGGGUUUUCUCGGUCAUCUAAACUGAAGGUACAUCAGCGAAUUCACACUGGGGAGAGGCCAUUCACUUGCUCAGAAUGUGGGAAAGGAUUCACUCAAUCAUAUCACCUACUAACACACCAGUCAGUUCACACAGGGGAGAACCCAUACACCUGCUCAGACUGUGGGAAAGGGUUUCCUCGGUCAUCUAAACUAAAGGUACAUCAGCGAAUUCACACUGGGGAGAGACCGUUCACUUGCUCCGAAUGUGGGAAGAGAUUCGCUUAUUCAUCCCACCUACAGAGACACCAGUUAGUUCACACUGGGGAGAGACCGUUCACCUGCUCUGAAUGUGGGAAGAGAUUCAAUCGGUCAUCGAACCUUGUGGUGCACUACCGAAUUCACGCUGGGGAUAAAGUUUAAAUAAGAUGCAUGCUGGAUAUUUAACCUUCAUGGUUGCUGAAUGCAGAAUUAAGUUCAAAAGUGACUAUUGGUGUUGAGCUCUGCAAUUAUUGCUGCUGUUCAUCAAACCAGUUCUGCACCCUGGUCACUGGACAUGGGAGGAUUUUCUUCUGCUGAUGUUCACCUUUAAUAAGACUAGAUUUUAAUAUUUGGAUCUAUGACAAAUAAAUCAGUUCUAUUUUAAACUCAAUGUUUGAUACUUAGUGAAUUUAUAAAACACCCAGUGUACAGUUGGGAGUCAGUUCAGCCCAGCUGCUCCCUGCCAGUGUUUCUGUUCCAGGAUAGUCCUUUUAAAUCCAUUCUUGCUGUUGACCUAUUGCACUCCCUGUGGUGAUGGGUUCCAAACUGCUACCAUUCUGUGGCUGAAGUUUUCCUUUGAAUUUCCGGCAUGACUUUUGCAGACUGAAGAAGAAGACAUGCAAAUAUGGAAGAAAACAUCAAACUUGAAGGGUCAGGGAUGGUGGAAGUAGACAAACCAAUUGUCUUUGUUCAUGCCAUGAGAUUGAAGGAAUGGAGACUGUCUUUUUAUGAAGCUGCUCUGUAACCUCCAUUUGUGAACUGUUUGAUGAACUGAUUCUUGCUCUGGGAUAACCUAAUCAGAGCAAUUAAAUGUAGACACAUGGAGUUUCUGCUAUUGAUCUGAACCUGAAAUCAUUCUGUGUUAUGUACAAUGGCAGGUUUGCAGAAGUAAUCACAUUAUCUUGGUCCAGAGUUUGAGUGACCUGGUUUGACUGUUUUGAAACAGAGUUGAAGAGAACAUAAGAAGUCAUCUAAAGCAUGAAGUUGUUUAACACUUGGACUUCACCCAAUGGGAAUCUAUUAUCGGUCAGUCAGAUUACCUGGAGCCAACAUGAAUGAGGUGUGUCGUUUGAACUGAUCAGAAGUGUUCAAAAAGUUAGGAGCUUCAAAUACAAAGGGGUGAUAACUCCAGAGACUAACCAUUCCAAGAAGUACCACCAUACCAGGGACUGGGAGAAGAAAGGAUCAAUCAUUUGACCAAUGGGUGAUCCCCUGUUGUGUUGUUAUAAAUUGGAGAGGUGGUCUGACUGAGUAUAAAAUUCAUGUUUUAUGUUGUUGGACUGGGGUUAAAAUAGUUGCAUUUUUGAUUGUGCAGAGACAAUAAAGGGCGUCCUUUGAUUAAUUAAAGGGUUGCAUAGUAAGUUUCUAAAACUAGUUGAGUUAAUGAUUGGUCAACAUAUUUUGCCAUUCCGGGGUACAUUUGAAAAGAAGAAUAGAGGGCUGGCACCCUAGUUUUGAGUUGAACUACCCACUAGGUUAGGAUAUUAAAAUAGGAAAAGGAAAGGACAAGAAGAACCUAGCGGGUUUGGAGGAUUAGAGAGAUUGCUUUCAUAGUUAUAUAUUGAGGAAGUGGCCCAACUUUGAGGGUGGAUAGGAAAGGUUGUGAGUUGAGGGUCUGAGACCCUGGGGGAUGCAUUGUAGAAAAUAGUGAAAAGAAAUUAAAGAAAUUACAAGGGAUUAAAAAAAAAUGUGAUAUCACUCCGGAGAAACAUUGUAUCAUUUCUUAAUGCAUGUAUCCAUUUCUAAAUGACAAUAAAAGGGGACUGAGUGUUCUCAUAAUCUAAAAAAAUGUUCUAAUGGGAUGUAUGAUGGAAGAUGUAAUUUAAGUGAAGAGAGAAAGAAAUUAGAAGAGGAAUAGUGUCAGUGUAGGGAAGAGUCUGAGAGAGGGGGAAAGAAAAUGAAA